UCUUACCCAACCCAGCAACAUUUAGAGUUGCAUUUCUCAACAACACACGAGAGCCAUGGAUUCUCUCCUACAAGCCUUGCAACCUUUGCACAUGGCGGCCUUCUUUAUCAUCCCCUUACUGUUCUUGUUGGGCAUAGCUUUUCGUAUUCGCCAAAGGCUGCCAUAUCCACCAGGGCCUCGAGGGUUACCAAUCAUCGGAAACAUGGGGAUGAUGGACCAGUUAACCCACCGUGGGCUAGCCAAGCUGGCUAAACAGUACGGCGGGAUCCUUCACCUCCGCAUAGGUUACUUACACAUGGUGGCCGUAUCAAGCCCUGACGUGGCGCGCCAGGUCCUUCAGGUCCAAGACAACAUCUUCUCCAACCGUCCGGCCACCAUAGCCAUCAGCUACCUCACCUACGACCGUGCUGACAUGGCCUUCGCUCACUACGGUCCCUUCUGGCGCCAGAUGCGCAAGCUCUGCGUCAUGAAGCUGUUCAGCCGCAAACGAGCCGAGUCGUGGGAGUCGGUGCGAGACGAGGUCGACUUGAUUGUUCGAGAGGUAGCCGCCAACAUCGGGAAGCCGGUGAACAUCGGCGAGCUGGUGUUUUCGCUGACGAAGAACAUAAUCUACAGGGCCGCUUUUGGGACGUCCUCUCAUGAUGGCCAGGACGAGUUUAUUGGGAUACUACAGGAAUUCUCAAAGCUUUUUGGCGCUUUCAAUAUCGCGGAUUUCAUUCCUUGGCUCAGCUGGGUUGACCCACAGGGGCUCUACACGAGGCUCCCCAAGGCUCGCCAGUCACUGGACGGGUUCAUCGACACGAUCAUCGACGAUCACAUGGCGAAGAGGCAGAAAAAUCAUGGCUCCGUUAUUGAAGGUGAGACUGAUAUGGUGGAUGACUUGUUAGCUUUUUACAGCGAUGAAGCAAAAGUCGGCGACUCCGAUGACUCCAUCAGACUCACCAGAGAUAACAUCAAAGCCAUUAUCAUGGACGUGAUGUUUGGGGGGACGGAGACGGUGGCGUCAGCGAUAGAAUGGGUCAUGGCGGAGAUGAUGAGAACCCCAGAGGAGCUGAAGAGGGUGCAACAAGAGCUCGCCGAAGUGGUGGGUCUCGACCGGCGCGUGGAAGAGAGCGACUUUGAGAAGCUAACCUACUUGAAAUGCGCACUGAAGGAGACUCUACGCCUCCACCCACCGAUCCCUCUGCUCCUCCACGAGACCGCCGAGGACGCGGAGGUCGCUGGCUACCGAAUUCCGGCGAAGUCGCGCGUGAUGAUCAACGCGUGGGCCAUUGGCCGGGACGCCAACUCGUGGGAUGAUCCAGACACUUUCAAGCCCUCGAGGUUUCUCAGGGAGAACGUGCCUGACUUCAAAGGUAGCAAUUUCGAGUUCAUACCAUUCGGGUCGGGUCGGAGGUCCUGCCCUGGCAUGCAACUCGGGCUGUACGCGUUGGACCAGGCCGUGGCUCACCUGCUCCACUGUUUCACAUGGGAGUUACCGGACGGCAUGAAGCCCAGUGAGCUGGACAUGAACGAUGUGUUCGGACUCACCGCGCCGAGGGCGACUCGGCUCGUUGCGGUGCCAAGUAAGCGCGUUGUCUGUCCACUCGUCUAAGAAGAUGAGUUAGUGGGUUGGUGUGCUUUUGUGUGCUUUGGGAGAUUUGCAUAAUGAAUUGUAUAGAGCAACGAAAGAAAACUAAAGGCGAAUUUGCAUGGCCGCCCCUCCUUUUCUCUUUUGGAAUUUUACUGUAUUUACGAAGAACCGACGAAAAUAACUGUGAAGAAACCAAAUUGAGAGGAUUUGAGAUCUCUUCUACUCUUGUGUAUAGCACCCUCUUUUAUUCCAUUAAUCAAAAGGAAUUCUUAUUUCGAAUAAUCAAAACAAAAGCUUAUAUUUAAUGAUAUAGCUUUUGUGAUUUCUUUUUC